CGGCCAAUGGGUGCGAAGCGGCCACAUCGGGGCGGCCAUGGCGGCGUGGCCGGUGCUGGUGCUGCUGGCGCUGCUGGCCUGGGGCGGGCCGCGCGCCGCCGGGCAGAAGCGGAAGGAGAUGGUAUUAUCAGAAAAAGUGAGCCAGCUAAUGGAGUGGGCCAGUAAAAGAUCCGUUAUUCGAAUGAACGGAGACAAAUUUCGACGUCUUGUAAAGGCACCACCCAGGAAUUACUCGGUGAUUGUGAUGUUCACUGCUCUUCAGCCUCACAGACAGUGUGUUGUGUGCAAGCAAGCUGAUGAGGAAUACCAGAUUCUGGCAAACUCCUGGCGAUAUUCCAGUGCAUUCACCAAUAAGAUAUUUUUUGCCAUGGUAGACUUUGAUGAAGGCUCAGAUGUAUUUCAGAUGCUAAACAUGAAUUCUGCUCCAACCUUCAUUAACUUCCCUGCUAAAGGAAAGCCUAAACGGGGUGACACAUACGAACUUCAAGUGCGUGGCUUUGCAGCUGAGCAGCUUGCCCGCUGGGUGGCUGACAGAACUGAUGUCAAUAUCCGUGUGAUAAGGCCACCAAACUAUGCAGGACCAUUGAUGUUGGGACUGCUGCUGGCUGUCAUAGGGGGCCUUGUGUAUUUGCGUGGAAGCAACCUGGAUUUUCUGUAUAACAAAACUGGCUGGGCAUUUGCUGCUUUGUGUUUUGUGUUAGCAAUGACAUCAGGCCAGAUGUGGAACCACAUUAGAGGUCCACCCUAUGCCCAUAAGAAUCCCCAUACAGGACAAGUGAACUAUAUCCAUGGAAGCAGCCAAGCCCAGUUUGUGGCAGAAACACACAUUGUUCUUCUGUUUAAUGGUGGUGUUACUUUAGGAAUGGUACUUCUGCACGAAGCUGCUACUUCUGACAUGGAUGUGGGGAAAAGAAAAAUUAUGUGUAUUGCUGGCAUUGGCUUGGUGGUGUUGUUCUUCAGCUGGUUGCUGUCUGUCUUCAGAUCUAAAUACCACGGCUACCCAUACAGUUUCCUCAUGAGUUAAAGGAUUCCAGAAUCUGUAACAUCAGAAAGGUGGUGACUCUGAAAUGGUGUGUAAUGGAAUGAAUAAUGGAAUGGAAGAGCUAAAUAUGUAUGGUUCAUGCUACCUCUCUUUACGCUGAAUGAGACAGUUAAACACUGAACCAAAGACAACAUGUAGUGCCUUAAAUGUAACAAGCAAUUUUGUCUGAAGGACACAGAGUAUUAAGAUGCAAUCUCUUUAUCUUAAGCAUUACAUUUGCUUAAACAACUCUACUUCUAGUGAAAUUCAGAACUUCAUGCUUAGAACUACAUCUCCAUAGACUAACUAGAAGCAGUACUGUAAAUACACUUGGAUAAUCUGUUUUCCAUAUGUUUAUUUUCCCCAGAAAUACUUAUCACUUUAUUUCCUGUUUGUGCCUAGCAGGUGACAAUAACUUCUCUGUUAUACCUGUUCAUGGUUGGGGAAACCUCUUCAUAUGCCUGGAAAUCUUUUCCUUCAAUUUGUGUGCAACCCUCGGAGCAUACUCCAAAUUCCAGUGUGGAAUUUCUUCUCAUUUCUGAGAAGAGUAUUUAACUGCUCUGUGAUGGGAGAGGUUGCUUCACAGAUGAAGGGAGAAUUUUCAACAGGUAGAACUGAUUUACUAAUUCAAUUAUUCUUUGCCAAAUGCAUAAUAUUAAAGUGUAAACAUUGUCUCAGAGCUGAAAAAAGCAGCACCCACCAACACACUCUCAAAUAGAAACCAAAACUGCAAUGGUAACUAGCUAUCUGUAGCAUAAAUUAAUGGUUGCUAACUGCUCAGAGCCCUAACAAACCCAACAGGUACCAUAAUUUUGGUCGCUGUGUGUGAACUUUUGCGUUUUCCACUUAUUUCCAAUUUUUGUCCAUGGGGGGAAGAUGGGAGUGGGCAGAGCUACCUAAUUGCAGGAUAAUAUUGUUACCCCAGGAGAGCUUUGUUAGCCUUACAAUUGAAUGCAUGUGCUUUCUGUUCUCUCAUGUCACAAAGAUACUUUGCCUUAAGGAUUCUUGAGUGGAAGAUCUUGUGCCUCAGCCCAAACUGUUGUAUAGUUCUGCACCUGUGCUACAGGAAAUCAUCCUGUAGUACAGCCUGAUGGAGAAAUACUUCCUUCUGUAGGAUGUGGUGGCCUUGAUUACUAGACAGAGGAAAAUACGAGACUUUUGUCUUCUGCUGCCUCUCCCCUAUGUUAAGGGGGUUAUAGAAUUGGGAUGCUUUAGAUUGAAUGACACAGUCCUUUCCCAGAUUCAAAGUAGAAUGUUAUUGUUAUGCAAUUUUACUACAUUUAACACACAUCUCAAGUGCCUUAACUUCACUAAUGUAUUGUUUGGUGUUUCAACUCGUUGAGAUGCAUUUUUCUAUGCCAUACAGAAUGACAAGCCUUAGUGGAAUGGAUAAAUUGUGUGCCUGACUGGAUUUUGGACAAGUUUCAAUAAAAUUUUUUAGUCUAA